AUGGCUCUUAUAUCUCCCAAGACGAAGGUAUUUCCUAUGAGCACCUCUUGCGAACAGCCUCGAGUCAAUAAUUUGCAUCGCACCUCAGGAAACUUCGAUGAUCCUGCAGCUCUCUCUGAGCCAAUUCACGAUCUUCCGUUGGCUUUAGCUCGAGAUGAUCAAAAGCUCGGUAGACAAGAAUAUAGUGCUCAAGACCUAAGAACUCGUAGAGUUCGCUCGCUCGUCGCUACCAAUCAAGCGCAACUUGCUACCCAGAGGCAGAAACGUGCCAAUUCUUCGGUCACAGCCUCUCUGCCUUGGGAGAAUAUGCCUGGCCCGCACCCUGACUUUGGAUUUAGUUCAUCUCGCACUAGCUCAACGAGCUCCACCUCGUCUCGUAUGACUUCGUCUCGGCAUGGCUCGACAGCGAGUUAUAACUCUCGCUCAAGCAUUGACUCUACUAAGUCCAUGUCGAGCAGCACCAAAUCCAAAACAAGCAACCGAUCCAUGAAGUCAUUUUCGAGCACCUAUGCGUUCUGGUAA